AUGAGCUCCGUUCCCGCUAUUAUUCAGCCUGAUCCCGAGGUCUAUGCUCACAGGGGUCGUAAAGCGCAUCACCACUUACCCCCCGCCGCGCCCGAUAAUCAACCUUCCACCACGAGUUCACUUCCGUCGCACCAAUAUCCCGACAUCUCUGACGCUGAUCUUCAGCGAUUUUUCGAGGCGCCUCGCGGGGAAAAUUUUACUCGCGGUCUUGACCGACUGCAGGCUUCCCUCGAGGAACGGUAUGCCCAAUACCGGCAAGGUGCAUUGCAGAAUCCUGCUGUUGCGUCCAUCAUCGGCGGUGCGGCUGACCCGGCAAAUCCCACUGAAGAUGGUGUCACUCCUGUCGAUCAUGGUGAUCAUCGUGGCUUGACUUUUUUCCGCGAUAAUCCUGAUCAUAUUCCCUGUUCCUUCAACGCUGAUGCAUUUGAUGAUCCUGCCGCCCACAUUGAGCAUGUUCGUGAUGAAUUUUCUCAUGUUACCAAUUCUGUUGUGAUUGCUCCCUCCGACACACGCUCUGUUCGCCAUUCGUACGUGACUUCGGCAGGAAAUCCUUCGGCAAUUCUAUGCUAUGGCGUGACACCAUCUGGGUCAUCUCUUAGCCAAAACGAUGUUUCAUCUGAUUCAACCUCUUCUGGCGCUCCUGACGAUUCAUCUACUCCUGCCGGAUCCGUCGCCGUUCAAAACGUACCAAAUGGAAACAAUCCGGGUCAACAGUUGGUGCUUUUCGAUAUGAGAAAGGGAAAUUGCUACUUAACGCGCUGUGGUCGGCUUUCCGUGUUUUACUUCAGAUGUAAAAAUUGUAAUGCCGGCCGUGAGACUUUCUACGGGCUUCCGGGUCUCUUGGUUGAAACGAGUCCUGGAUCUUACGAUGUGAAUCCAGUGUUUAGCUCGGACUUUUUUCGCCAUGUCUUUUUUCAUCCAUCGUCCGUGUCACCGGAUUUUGGUGCUUCUAGUCGUAAGAGUUCAUUACACACAUGUGGAGGUCUUUCACCGCAAGAGGCUGCUGAGCUUACCUAUCGUACCCUGAUCGAUGCUGAAGUUCAACGUAAUGGAGCUAACACUACGUCUGUCGUCGUGAAAACGUUGUUUGAAAAAGUUCAGCGCGAAUAUCCAGGAUACAAACGUCAGAGAGCGAAGGCAUUCUAUGCUACCCAGCUCGCCCAAAAAAAAUUCCGCUUCAAAAAGAUGUUGGAAGAUGCCGAUGACGAACAGGAUGAACGAUGCCCCCUUCUCUCUCGCCGGCUUUGUAACUUGCCUUAUCAGGCUGGAAUGAAUCUUUCCGGUAAGCGGUUUGCCGCUCACCAGGACAAUAGAUGCCUUAUCCUUUUGGAUUGGGCCCUUAUCGAGCGAUUGCCGAAGAGAACGUUCCAUCGUAUCAUGUUAGAUGGUACUUUCUUCGUAGCCGGAAGCUUCUAUCAAUGCGUCACGAUCCUGAUGUCAUGCGUUGAUGAUAUUCAUGGCGAGAAGCUUUUGCAUAUUGGCGGUAUCUAUAUGCUCACCAAGAAUUCUUUGGAUUAUGAGCAUGCAUUUUCCGUCUUUUGGGAUCUCAUCAAACCUGAGAUGCGGCUUCUCUGCACCCACUGUCUCUUGCAAUGUGAUGCAGAGGGAGCGCUCUAUUCCGGCUUCGAGUCCGCUCUCUCAUCGAAGAAUGUUCAAGUCUCUACCUUCCUUUGUUCGAUCCACUGCGAACGGAACCUCUUCCGGAAUCUUAAGAAUAUGUUUGGAAAUAAGGCCGCUGCUCCUAUUCGUCUCGUCUGCUGGGUGCUUAAGAAUGCCCAAUUAAUGCGUGAAGAUCUCACUAAUGGACUUCUCCUCUACUUCUACUCGGUUGUCGCUCGUACUCCUCUAUUUGGACGUAGACUGGCGAGAUUUAUCAAGAACUUCGCGAUGCGGGUGCUUAGGCAUAAGUGGGGUAAGCGUUGGCACUUGUGGCCACUGAUUCAGCUCCAAAAAUGCAGUGGAAUACCAUUGUCCCUUCAUACCAAUCCGGCAGAGUCUAUUCACUCUGCCUUAAAUUGGACGUACGUCAAGCGCCAUGGACGGCGGCAACUCUCUUUCCGGAAAGAUGUGGAGAUUUAUAACAACUUCAUGAAUGAUAAUGGCCGUGAAUAUAUGGAAGGCAAGUUCGUUGAGCCUUGGUGCGAUCCUGAACAUCACGAAGCGAACGUUCUUCACAUGCGGCAGGUUAUUGAUCUCUGUGACAAAAUCCCUAUCGUUCCUGAACACGAGCCGCUUCCGACCGAGCAUUUUCUCGAUAUUAUGGAAUUUAUGCUGAAUACGUACAAGAUGCGAGAAUGCAAACGGUUCGCCGCUAUCGCCGCGCGCCGUCUUCGUCGUGAACGACUCGCUCAGUUGAUGGCUGACAGUCACGGUCUCGACGCUGGUCUUGUUGCAGCUGUUUCUAACGAUGAUCCUAUUUAUUCUGAUGAUGAGAUGGAGGAUAACGCGGUUGACGGGGCGUUGCCAGAUGAGGAUAUUCGUAUUCCGACUGACUCGAAUGCUACUUUUGUCGCUCCCGUGGCUGAAGAAACUGACGCCGAUGCGCUUCUCACCGAAGAUCAUUACCGCGAUGAUGCUGAUGGUUGGAAUCUUCAGCAGAUUCCAAUUCCAACCGCGUCCAACAAUUUGGACUCCCAGUUUCGGCACUCGGUUUCUGAGAUUGAUCUUGCCACUAACGCUUCCGGUAAUAUUGGCGCCAGUAUUAUUCCAUCUUCAUCUGUAUGCAAUAUCUCGCCUCCACCGCCUCAGCGUGUUGCUGAGUCUGUGACUUCACACGGUCGUAUCUCUCCCCGUGAUUCUUCCGGACUACAUUCUGACCAUUGUCAUAUUUCUCCCCCUCUCUGUCCUGUUGCUGCGGCCGCCUCUGUUACGCCCGAGCCACGUUCCAAUAAUGAGCCGAUGCCCUCAAGCGGGGGCGCUGUUUUCGCGGAGGGCGCCGCAAUUACUACUCCGCAGUCUCCUAUUCGUCAGAGCUGUCACGGCUCAAACAUGACACCUGUUUCUGUUUCUCCAUCGAUGCCCGUGGCAACUUCCGCUCCUGCCAUUGUUUCAACUUCUAAUCCAGUGCAGCAGUCUUUAUCACAACUUAGUGACACAAUGGAUGAUCUCCAUCUUGAUGCGUCAUCCGCUCAACAUCAAGCAGCUCCCGAUUCCAACCCUCCUUCUCUUCCUGGCCCUUCGUCCAUGUCUAAUUUACCAGAUGUUGCUUUCUCACAGGUUCCUUCUGCAUCGGCUGAUGGUCGAGUUGGUCCCGCUCGAUUUAUGGUCGAAGCCCUUUCUCUAAAUUGUGUUCGUCUCAACAAAUUACUUCAAACCGCACGAAACGACGAUACCAUUCGUCUCUCCGCGGAGGAAAAUCCUGACGUCCUCAACGUGACUUUUGUUCGGAAUGACAACAAUAAUGCCUAUUUCGAAAUAAAGCUUAUGGAUCUGGAUAUCGACCAGCACACCAUCAUCGACAAGGAUUACUCCACUACUGUUACGAUGUCUUCCGUCGAUUUCCAGGCUGCCAUUAAGACCCUUGCGAAUUUUGGGGACGAGCUUAAAAUUGCCGUGUCGACCUCUAAUAUCGCCUUCCAAUCCCGUGGAUAUUUGGGUUCUGGUGAAUUUGUUUUUUCUAUGGCUUCUUCAGACGCGAAAGAUCGUCUUUCCCGUCUGACUAUUGAUACGCUAUCACUUGUGGAGUUAACCUUCGCUAUGCGGUACUUCCCUAUCUUCACUAAGGCCGUUUGUCUCUCCAAAGAUGCGACUCUUCAACUUGGUGUUGAUGUUCCCCUCUCCCUUCAUUAUAAUAUUCAAAAUUUUGGACACAUUAAAUUUUUCCUCCCCCCCAAGGUCGAAGAUGACGACUGA